AUGCCAAUUAUGAAACCGUUGCCGCGUGAUAAAAAAACUUUAUUUGUGGAAGCCCAUUCCUUGGGUUUGAUUGGACCGAACCCUGAUUUACAAAAACCGAGAGCAAAGCUCGUAGAUUACAUCAACAGUUCAGGGAUGACUGGACGAAGCAUGAAUCAUGUCUCAAUUCUGUUAGUUGGCGAGUCUGGCGUUGGAAAAUCGUGUACAAUUAAUCAUCUCUUGGGCACAAAGGAUGAAAUUGCAAAAACGAAUGAUUCCAAGUCAGAAACAAGAUCCACUCAAGAGUUCAUUGUCUACGGUAGUGAACCACGAUAUGAAGUUAAAGAUCUUCCACUAGGAGUAGUUGACACUCCAGGAUUUGGUGACACUGACGGUUCCUACCAAGAUGCAUGCAACUUUUUUUCUAUACAGGAGUUUUUUCGUACACAUCCAAAGCUGACAGGACAUUACCCAAACUUGAUUUUUCUGGUUGUAAAUGCAACUGAUACUCGAUUGAAAGGAGAAAACAGCCACCUUACGAAAUCGUUGAGAUGCGUCAAACUACUUAAGUUAGUUGAUCCUAUCAAUCCAAAUGUUGUGGCUGUUAUGACCCAUGCAUGUGGAAGCCCAUCUAGGAAUGUCGACAUAUGGUGUGACAACAUGGAAAAGAUAAAGACUACUGUUAAAACAAUCAUAUUUGAAGCUUUGAAGGUGACUGCCCCAGUGAUCGUGAUGGAAAACCUGUACGGGGAAAAGGGCUACGACCUAGAAGAGGUUGGUGAAUACACGCGUCUUCCAAAUGGAGUAUUGCAGCCUAAAAAUUUGUAUGAUGCUUGUGCAGAUGUCCUAAAGGAAAAUAAUGAUAAUCUUGGUCUCAUUAUUUUAAAUAGUAUCUUUGCACCAUCCACGAAGGUUCCUCGUCCAAAAGAUGGGCACAAGAUUGAAGCAAAGAACGCGAAAAUUGAUAAACUUGACGAUGAAGAAAUAAAGUUUGUUGAUGUAUUGGAAAGGAGGUCCAGAGGAG